AUGUCUCAGCAGUUACCAUUCGACGAUCCGAACCGACUGGCACCAAACAGUCUACGCUGCAUGGUAGCUAACGAGAAUCAAGACAUCGGUCGUAAGCUGGGUCGCAUUGUAACAAGCAACGGUAUGGUCCGCGACGACUUCUUCGACGUGGAGUUCGAUAUCACUGGUGCUGAUCAGACUAAACUCAAGUUUUGUCAGCCAAACCCAAACCCGAGGGGUGUCUGCGGUUCCGACGGCAUGCAAUUCGAGCUCUCGGAGAAGACGUGGGCAUCCGGCAAACUCAGCAGUUACUACAACCGCAAUGGCGACGACAACAAGUAUAAAUUGACUGACACUGCCUACGCGGAGCUUUACCAAUGCGGCGUCGAGUUCACGCGCGACGGCGACACGACGAUCAAGGACAUCAAGCUCAGUGACUGGGAGAACAAGGAAUUCACGCCAGCUCAGUGCAACUUGGCCAACAACGGCGACACGUGCGACCUGCAAGGCCUUCCCAACGAUCUGCAGGUAAAGCGCACCGGCAACUUUGGUACGAAGCUGGAGUUUGAGUACGCACCCGGACAAAACGGCGGAAAUGUCAACUUCUUCGAUUGGGACUCGGAUAUGAAGGGCAACGGUCGUGGUCCAUGGACAGACCCCGAAUCGGACCCGAAUCGGCAACCAACGCGCUUCUGCAAGGUCGUGGAUGGGAGUGCACCGAAUACGCAGAGCUUCAACUGCUGGUUCCCUUGCUACAAGAAUGCGGACGGUAAACCCUAG